AUGUCUCACUCCUUUACACUCAGUGUUAUAGAUGGUCUUGCUCAACAUCAAGGGACACUUCGCCUAUCACUUGGAGAUUUACACGGUUAUAUAUACCCGGAGACAUCUAUCCAUUGGAGAAUACAGGAGGCAACAGUUGCUUGUCGACAACUUGGAUUUCCUGUCUUCAAAGCUUUUGCCUAUAACCAUUUUGGACCCAAAACAGGGUGGAGGCUGAUGAGUUAUGUUUCAUGCCUCGGAAGUGAAAGGGUAAUAGAACAGUGCGAAAGGAAUUAUGGGCAGGGAAAAGUUAUUUCAAACGAUUUCCAUGGAGUAAUAUGCACAGGUAUGGACGACUAUGAAGUCCGUUUAUCAGAUGGUCAGUAUGACAGAGGUCGAGUGGAGCUGUCCAUAGGGGGGACCUGGGGAAGUGUGUUAUCCUCUAGUGUUUGGUCAUCUGGCAAAAACGCUAAAGUUAUCUGUACACAACUGGGAUUUGAAUCCGGAGUAGCCAUCACUAAUGGAACUUACCUACAUGGAGCAGGUCCUGUCUGGAUUCGAGAUUUAAAUUGUGCUGGGCAUGAGAGAUCAAUUCGUGAUUGUUCCUUUACAAUCAAUGGAACAGAUUUCUACUCCAGAUCAUCAACACCUGAUGUCGGUGUUGUUUGCCUCAAUCAAAAGUUUACACAUAAGUUCCCAAACCAAACGUUAACACAGGUGACUUCAUCAACGAAAACUUCUAAGUCAUCACAAAAUUCACAAGAUAAUAUGUCAACUACAGAACUUGUUUUUAAAACAAAGAAUUCAUCUGAAGGAAAUGAGGAGACGCCAGAUGAAAAAGACAACGAACAUGAGAUAAUCCAUGAUAAUACAGGAAUGUUCAUAGGCAUUUCUUUGGCAGCUCUCUCUUUCGCCAUUCUCGUUAUUCUAGCUAUAUGCUGGAAAAUGCGAAGUACAAUAAGAAAAGAUGCCAGUCUGAGUGUUUCUUCUCUAAAAGAGAGUGAUACACAUCAAGAAGAGCAGUCAUCAAAUGGCAUGGAACAAAAUGGCUACCAGACAAUGCCAUUUCAAAGACAGGACAACCCAUCUCAUAUCAAUUUUAAUCAGAACAACAUGGAUUAUAACUCGGAACAUUCUUCGAACAACAAUCCCUUCUCUGGAUUGCACGAUCACGAGGGGACGUAUUUAAAACUACUGUCGCUCUCACCAGAUUCUACAGUCAGGCCCAACAGCUCGUACGCAAGCGUUGUACCAUCCGCUGAAGUGACGUCAAGCAGCUCGAACGGGUGAAAAUCACACUAAUGAUGAUGAACAGAAGUAGAACGUUAUUUAAUAUAUCCUUAUAUAAAAGCAAUUACAUUAUUGUUUUAUUUAAAU